AUAUCUUCUUUUACUGCUAUUAAUGCAUCUGGGAAGGCUGCGCUAGCCUCUGAAGUUUCUGAGGGUUAGACUGCCCCUGAAGCUUCGAAGGCUAGCAAUAUCUCCUCCAGCGCUGUUGAUACAAUGCCCCCUCCCUGCCACUCUCUGCUCUCUAGCGCUCCUGCUGCUCUCUCAUCCCCUUCUUCUCGUGGCCGCUGCAGCGGUUGGUGUGGUAGCUGCAAGGCCUCUGCCAGCAAGAAGCGCAAGAGAGCCUCUCCCUCGCCCUCUCUCUCGCUUCCGCCCGAAUCCCUCGCAACUCCUUUCCCGAGAGUCUCUCCUCCUAUUACUCCUACAGCCUCUCUAUCAAGAGAAAGAAGAUUCCUGCAGAGCUGGGUGCAGUACGCCCCCCAGCAAGCUGGUGCCAGGAGUACAUGCGCUGCUGCAUCCAGGAGCCAGAUAUCCGGUGCCAGGAUCAGAUGAAUUCUAGUGCUUAUUGUUUUCGAUGUGCUAGCAAUAAUCAUUCUUGCUACUCCCUUCCAUACGAAGCAAGCUUAGCCCUGGAUGGUGCAUGCAUUUUUGGUUGAGAGCUGACUAAUGAGAACUUGCAAAGUAUUCUUCAGCUAGUGUGCUCUGUAAGCGCUGCUUCUGCGCCGGUAGUCAAUGCAUUUCCUGCCCUCGUUUUGAGCGGGAAGUUGAUAUUACUGCUUCAGCACAGUAUUAGCGCUCUGGAGGUACUAGCUGAAGCAGCUUGCAAGCUCUCUGAGGCAGCUCCUAAAGAGAAAGAGUAAUCUCUUUAAAAAUCCUGGAUGAAUAAGCACG